AUGGCGCAACCGAGCCGAGACGAACUUGCAGCUGCGAGAACACUCAUCCUUUCGUAUCUCUCUAAUUCCGUUACACACGAUAUAGCUACCUAUGCGAGCAAAGAGUACGCCGCUCUCCAAGCCUCAAACGAGCUGGAUGAUUUCGACGAGAUCAGCAGCGUUGGGCAACAUGUUUCGGACGAGUACGACUUUUCAGAAGAUUUUAUCGACCAGCAGAGGUCGAAAUUUGAACAAGCCGAAGAACUUACCUGGAAAUCCUUCGAAAAUAUCAUGGAUGAUGUGAUUCAAGAGCUCACUCAUGCGCAUGGUCUUUCUGUAUUUCUCGCCAUUGUUGAAUCGAUAAAUGUUCCUGCUAAUGAACUUGAUGACUUAGUUGACCUAGCUGUUUGGUAUGCAGCUUGCCGCUUUGCCUCUAUUGCCAAAGAAAGUGGCUGGAAUUCCUUCCUUGAGCGAGAAAAUACAUCAGUUCAAGAGACUAAUCUCCGAAAUCUCCCCGACUUGAAUAUUGGGGAAUCUAUAACAAUCAGUCAGUUUGAGGUUGCAACAUCUUCUAUGCCCACCGAAUCAAUCAUUUUCGAAGAAAAUCUCACCCCCGUCAACACCCAGCCACCCUCAGAACUGAUUGACACAGAUAAAACGCCUGUGCAAUCUUAUUCCGACCGAAUUCCUACUUUGGAAGAGCUAGAAAAAGGACACUCCGAAUAUCAUCAAUUUGAUAUCAACCCAGAUCAUUUUCGGCUACAGAGUGCGAACACAGACACCGAAUCGAUCAGCGAGCAGUCAAGUUGCGAGCGUCUAUCUGCCUCUCCAGUGGUAGUUUCUCCUGUGGGAACAGAAACGCCGGUUUAUAUUGCAUCACAGCCAGAGUCUGUCGAUCUUGACUCAAACGACUCAUCUUUGGACGCGUCACUUAUCAACGAACUGAUCGACAGUUUGAAAGGCGAGGCGACUCGCGCCACCGAAGACGAGGAGGAAGAAGAAAUCGCUUUUAACCGAAGCAACACGCAACAAACCAUCAAAGGCAGCAUGAGCAGCGAUCCCAUUGGCAUGAAAGGCAAGAUGCAAUCAUCCUCGGAGGCUGAAUUCAGCAAUUCCGAAAGAAGUCCUUUUCCAAACAGCAUUUUGGAAGAAGCUUGCGCCCGCGUCAAAGCCCAAGAAGAAGAUUCUGUAGGUGGCAUCACCUUGCAAUCCGAUAGCAAGGAAGAAAACCUCGAUGCAGAUGACGAAGACAACGCCAUUCCUGCACGUAGGGAGAUCAACAUUGGCAAGCUCGACUUCCCAGAGGGCUUCUGUGAUACUCCCCGUCCAUCACCUACUAAUCUUCUCAAAAAGCUUGCGGAAGACGCUAAAAAGAAGGAAGAAGAAUCCAUCAUCCUCCCGGAACCUCAGUUGCGAAAACCAAACUACUUUCUUCUCGCUGGUGCUGCUGCCCUAUCUAUCGCGGCAAUCUAUCUCAAAACCUCGCGAUAG